AUGUUUUGUAGGUGGGUGCAUGUCAUCUGCGCCAUCGCUGUCCCCGAAGCCCGUUUUGUCAACAUCCUUGAGCGCCACCCUGUAGACAUCACUGCCAUCCUCGAGCAACGAUGGAAACUGAAAUGUGUCUACUGCCGUAAGCGGAUGAAAAAAGUGUCGGGAGCCUGCAUCCAGUGCUCCUCCGAGCACUGCUCCACGUCCUUCCACGUCACCUGCGCCCACGCGGCGGGCGUGCCCAUCGAGCCUGACGAUUGGCCCUAUGUGGUGUCCAUCACCUGCUUCAAGCACAAAGCCGCCAGCCACGUGUUUCCCUUUUCCAGAGAGGUCUCCCUGAGCCAGACAGUCAUUGCAAAGAACCGGAACGGCCUCUAUUACCGGUGUAAAGUGAUUGGGGUGACCACGCAGACCUUUUACGAGGUCAAUUUUGAGGACGGCUCCUACAGUGAUAACAUUUAUCCGGAAAACAUUGUUAGCAGAGACUGCCUUAAGAUGGGGGCCCCUGCGGAGGGCGAGGUGGUCCAGCUACACUUGACCAACGGCAUCACUUACCAAGCGAAGUUCAUCGCUGCCCACGUCAACCAGAUCUUUCAGGUGGAGUUUGAAGAUGGCUCUCAGCUGAUGGUCAAACGAGGGGAGAUCUACACCCUGGAUGAGGAGCUUCCCAAGAGAGUCAAAUCACGCCUGGUAGGUAUCUGGGGCUCAUCCCUGCAGCUCGGAGCAAGGUUUGGGGAAGACUUUUUGUGAAAUUCAGGUCAAAAGCGUGGUGGGGACCUGGGUGCCCUCUGAGCUUGGUCAUUUUCCUGCAGAC